AUGGGAAGUCUUGCUACAGCUACUAAAAAAGAAAUUAUUCAAAAAAAACACAGUCUAGAGAAGUCUGUCCUGGCAGAAGCCAAGGAGCAAGAGGUCACCACAUGCCAGAGCAUCCUCUAUAAGGUUCGUCCAGAUGAAGAAAUUGAGCCAAGGGAUCCAGACUCCGUAGAAGAUUCAGGAAACAGUAUACUUAGCAUUGAGUUUAACGAAAUCUGAGGUGACAAACUUUUGAAAAGUUUGAAGUGUCUUAAGCUUUUUGAUAUAGAUUACCUUGUUUUGCGUUAUAUUGAUUCUAAAAACAAGCGUUUUGUUUUAAAUUUCUUACAAUCCUCAUUCUCAAAUAAAAUUAAGGCUCUCGAAUUUUGGUCCAGUGGUCAAAUGGAUCUGAAAAGGUGCAACUACUUAAACUCCCUGACCAGACUCAGCUCCAAAGUCGUUCGACAAGUUGAAUUUGGAGAUUUCAGCAUCGGCCUGCCCCAACUCAAGAGGCUUGUGGCAGCUUUCAAGCAUGUGAGAAUUUUGAGAUUGAUAUAUUGCAGGCUAUCUAUCCCAAGUGUUCCUGAUUUAUCAAAGGCUCUGAAGAAUUGCCAAAUCCAGAAAAUAUAUUUACAAGGAUCAGGAAACUUGACUAGAAGUGACUGGAAGAACAACUUCGACGAGUUCGAGAACUUGGUACAAGGGUUAGCAAGCUCUCCAGAUUUAAGAUUGAGUCUUGGAAAAGUAUUUGCCUUUUACUGCGGAGUAACCCAAAAUAAAGCUGAACAAGCUUUUGAAGAAAACCAGCUUGGAGGAGUUAACAUAAUUGUUGGUUUUUAAAUUUUGGCUAAA